AUGGAGGCUAUAAGAGAGGCAUUGAACUUGGAGAGUGAGGGCACUAGUGCGGAGGAGUACGAGCGGAGACUGGCGGAGCUGUUGGAAGACAUUUCGGUACCGUAUCAGGAGGAGGUAACAAAGUUGAUAGAGACGAAAACUGAGGAGGCAAUAGGGCGAGGUCUAUCAGCUAGCGUAAUAGAUAAGAAGGAGUUGGAGCUUGAAGUCUUGAAGAAUAAAGAAGACGCCAUUGACAAGACGGCGAAUUUAAUCAACCUACAGAAGAGACCUGAUGAUUUCAACAAGUUGUUUAAGAUACUUAAUCCGUUAUUCACCAUAUUCCCUAAGGCUAGGAUUGCUAAGAUCACUCGUUCAUUAAUAGAUAGAGUUGAAAAUUGUCCUGAUUUGCAGGUUCAAUUAUGUCAAGAAACCAUAGGUUGGUGUCAAGAUGAGAAUCGUACGUUCUUGAAGCAUCGUUUACAGACGAAGUUGGCUGUGUUAUUGAAUGACUUGGGUCGUUAUCAGGAGGGUUUGGAGAUGCUUCCAGGUUUAUUGAGUGAGGUAAAGAAGAUAGAUGAUAAGUUAUUGUUGGUUGAAAUUUAUUUGACGGAAGCUAAAUUGAAUUAUAAUGUUCGACAUAUUCCUAGAGCUAAAGGAUCAUUAACGGCUGCUAAAGCAAAUGGUAAUGCCAUUAACUGUCCCCCGAAUUUGCAAGCUGAUAUUGAUCUUGUCGCGGGAUCAUUACACGCCGAAGAAGGCGAUUUCAGGACAGCAUACUCCUACUUUUAUGAAGCUUUCGAUGCCCUUAUACAUCUACAACAACAACAGAAGAAAACUACCAUUGAAGAUAAGGCCGCUUCAGCAUUCAAAUACAUGAUCCUAUGCAGAAUCUUAACUGGACAUCUACUCUCCACCGAUUUAUCAACCAUCACCAGAGGACUCACUGGCGCCAAUGCUAAUUCGAGCACAUCCAAUAUUCUUGAUAGACCGGAUGUUAAAAGUUUGCUGAAAAUAGCGAAAGCAUAUGAAAAUAAGAAUCUCGAGGAAUUUGAACUCGCCAUAAAAAAUAACCAAGACAUCAUUCAACAUGACCAAUUCCUCAAAAGACAUAUUGAUAAUGCCGCCGAUCAAUUACUCAUUCAGGCAAUACUCAAAGUUGUUGAACCAUACUCUGAGGUGGAGAUAUCCCACAUAGCCCGAAAGACCAAACUGUCUCCUGAGUUCGUGGAGCAGAAAUUGAGCCAGAUGAUUCUAGACCAUAUGACCAAUGGAAUCCUGGACCAGAAGAAGGGUGUGUUUGCUCUAUAUUCGACCAAACCAACCAAUUCCGUAUAUGAGGACAGUGUAGAGAUCCUAGAAGAGUUGCAAGGGGUAAGAAACACAACCGACUUGCGUGCCGAUCUUGGGAGGGAAAAGUUUCUUCUAAGAUUGGUGCCUGAUUAUGAGGUCGCGAUGUGA